AUGGAGAGGGUCAGGACGCUGUCCGCGCCGGAGGGCACCGGCAGCAUCCUGUGCUGCGCGCUCUCCCCGCACGGCUCGCGAACCGCGCUCGCGCUCGGCGGCGAGGAGGCCGCCGCGUGCGUCGUCGACCUGCGAGUCGCCGGCGGCGACGCGACGUCGUCCACAUCUGCCGUCGCCCACUCGCUUCGCGCGGGGCUCGGGUGCUUUCACGCCGACGACGCCGUAGCCUCCGUGACGUGGCAUCCCACCCGCGAGCACGUGCUCCUCUGCGCGCACGGACGCGUGGUCACCGCGUGGGACGUGCGGCACCUGCCGUCGGAGACGGCGGGCUCGGCCGAUUCCGCGGCGGCGGCGGUGGCCGGGAUGUCCCUCGCAGGGACGCGGACCGUGGAUGCCGACGCGGGCGCCGCCCCGCGGGGUCGCGUCCACCUCUACGCGUUCAACAACGACGAGGUCAACUCGGUGUGCGUGGACAGGAAGGGGCGGCGCAUGUGCGCCGCGGACGACGGCGGCGAGAUCGUCGUCGUCGACAUCGGCGACGAGACGUCCGUCGCCGGCGCGCUCGUCAAGACGCUGAAAAACGGCCACGAGAACAUCGCGUCGGGUGCCGUGUUUCGCGACCACAAGCCCCACGACGUGGUGUCCGGCGGGCUGGACUGCGCGGUGUGCAAGUGGGACCAGUCGAGGUCGACGCCGGUCGCCACGUGGCGCGUCGGCGAGCUCGCGUCCGCGUCAGACGCCGAGUCCGGUGCCGUCGGCGGCGGCGACGACGACGACGCCGCCGCUUCGCCGCCGCCGAUGUGUAACCCUCCGAUGGUCCACGCGAUCGCGUGCGCUAACGGGUUCGAGGUGAGCGACGACUGCGCGGGUGUGAAGCGACUCGUCGCGGCGGCGUGCGGCGACGGGACGUGCGCUUUGAUCGACCUGGACCUGUCGGCGGGCAAGUCGGGGGCGGGCAAGUCGAGAAAUAAUAAACCGGGGUCCCGGACCUCCAAGGGGAGAUCGUCGUCGUCGUCGUCGUCGUCCGCGGCGGCGGGGGGGGAAGCCGGCGGGACGUUGGGCGGGUCGGGCUCCGAACCGGGCGAUCCUUUCGCGUCCCGCGGAGGGAGGGAGAGACGCGCGGCGGUGUUCCUCGGUCGUUCGUUCGGCGGGGGCGGCGGUCGUUUCGAAGCGGGGCACUCGGGGUCGUGCAACUCGGUGGCUUUCGCGGGUUGGAGCGGGGGACGGCUGGUGCUCACGGGCGGGAACGACCGGCACGUGGGGGUGUGGGACUGGCGCGAGUGCGGCGGCGGCGGCGGUGCGGGGGGGGUCGGCGGCGGCGGGGGCGGCGGGGCGAGGGUGAGGUUCUUCAGGCACGGGCGCAAGGUGAACUGGGUGUGCGCGGCGGGAGCGUUGGACAACCCGGGGGGUUUCGGGGACACGUUCGUGGCGGACACGGGCGAGAAGGUCGCGGCGUACGCGCUCAGUCUGUGA